GGUAUAUUUGUGGUGUAAUUUCGAAAAUGAGGAGGUAUAUCUCAGUAUAUUUCCGACGGUCAGGCAGGUAUACUUUAUUAAUAAAUCCGCGGUCACACUGAUUUGCACAAAAAAAACACAUAUUUUUGAACCACUGUAAUGUAUACUAUAUAAAGGAAUAAAUACAAGUUUUGAGCAACUAAAUGCCCUUGCAAUCGAAUGUACAGCCGAGCCACAAGUGAAAUGUGAAAAGAAAGUGAUUUGUUAGUCGAAUAACUGCUUGUGUGUGUUUGUAUUGUGUGACGUACGCUUGCUGCGCUGCGACUGUGCUGUUACUGCGCUUCGCUGCACCACUGCAACGCAAAAUACGCGACGAAAAUAGGAAAACCCGAUACCAUUAUUCGCGCAACGGGCUGAAGUAAUGGAAAAGUUUCCACUGAAGGGCAGUAGGGAGGCUGCGGCAGAGGGGAACAGCUACAUAACCGCCUACCAAACGGUAAUGAAAAAGUCAAACGGUCACACGAGCGGAGCCGGUGCUGAGGGCGAAGGCGAUGCAAAUUAUCACGAUCAUCCGCUCGCGCCUCUCUCAAAACUAACCACCUCACUCACAGCGCCGGCCACAGACGACGAAGACAUGAUCGACAUAACGCCGCGCUCCAGUCCAGGCGAUGUGAUCGGCGGCGGAGGCGGCAGCAGCAGCGGUGGCUACCAUCGCGAGACUGCCACAGAGUCGGACACUGAGCGAGAUUUCGCGCACGCAGGCAAUCAUCACAAUCAGCGGACUAUGCACCAUCACCACCACCAGCAUGUGCCAACUCACAGUGCCUUCGGGGACCCCAUUGACGGCGCACUAUCGUUCUAUGGCUCGUCGGAUGUGCAAGAUGAUAUACCUGGCAUCGGCCAGUAUGAGGAUUUCCACACCAUCGACUGGCAGCGGGACAUUGCACGAGACCGUAUGCGACAUCGCUACAUAGUGAAGAAGCGACAGGACUCUGUGUGGGAUCUCAUCAAGGGCUCCAUUGAUGCCGGCUCUGGGUGGCUGUGCGUUCUGCUCGUUGGCAUUGCGGCCGGCUGCGUGGCGGGGAUGGUGGAUAUAGGCGCCAGCUGGAUGUCGGAUCUGAAGCACGGCAUUUGUCCGCCCGCAUUUUGGUUCAAUCGCGAACAAUGCUGCUAUCCGGCCAAGCAAUCGGUGUUCGAGGAGGGCAACUGUUCCACGUGGAAAACCUGGCCGGAGAUCUUUGGCCUGAGCCGCAAUGGCACGGGACCGUAUAUAAUCUCGUACAUCUGGUACGUGCUGUGGGCGUUGCUGUUUGCCUCGCUCAGCGCUUCACUGGUGCGAAUGUUUGCCCCGUACGCCUGCGGGUCUGGUAUUCCGGAGAUUAAGACUAUCCUGUCGGGCUUCAUCAUACGCGGCUAUCUGGGCAAAUGGACCCUGCUGAUCAAAUCGGUGGGCCUGAUGCUGUCGGUGUCCGCUGGCCUGACCCUGGGCAAGGAGGGCCCCAUGGUCCACAUCGCUAGUUGCAUCGGUAAUAUAUUCUCGCAUCUGUUCCCCAAGUACGGCCGGAACGAGGCCAAAAAGCGUGAGAUACUUUCGGCAGCAGCUGCGGCAGGGGUCUCCGUGGCUUUCGGGGCACCGAUUGGAGGAGUUCUGUUCUCGCUGGAGGAGGUGUCCUACUACUUCCCCUUGAAGACGCUGUGGCGUUCCUUCUUCUGUGCGCUGAUUGCUGCCUUCGUACUGCGUUCGCUAACUCCUUUCGGGAACGAGCACUCAGUGCUCUUCUUCGUGGAGUACAACAAGCCAUGGAUCUUCUUCGAACUUAUUCCCUUUGUGUUUCUGGGAAUCAUGGGAGGAGUGAUUGGAACGUUCUUUAUCAAGGCCAAUUUGUGGUGGUGCCGCUACAGGAAGUUCAGCAAGCUGGGCCAAUAUCCAGUCAUGGAAGUGCUGUUUGUCACCCUGGUCACCGGCAUCAUCUGCUAUCCGAAUCCAUUCACCCGCAUGAACAUGAACGAGCUGAUCUUUCUGUUGGUUAGCAAAUGCUCACCCGGUGAUGUCACUAAUCCCUUGUGCGACUACAAGCGAAUGAACAUUACAAUGGGUAACAGUGUCAUUGAGGUCACAGAGCCCGGUCCCGGCAUCUAUAGCUCCAUUUGGCUGCUCAUGCUCACCUUUAUACUUAAACUGGCUCUGACCAUCUUUACGUUUGGCAUGAAAGUGCCGGCUGGUCUCUUUAUACCGUCCUUGCUGCUGGGCGCCAUCAUGGGCCGCAUUGUGGGCAUCGGCGUGGAGCAGUUUGCGUACAGCUAUCCCAACAUUUGGUUCUUCACGGGAGAGUGCGCGGACAGCAAUCUCAUUACACCCGGCCUGUAUGCGGUGGUAGGCGCUGCAGCCGUGUUAGGCGGCGUCACACGCAUGACUGUCUCCUUGGUGGUCAUCAUGUUUGAGUUGACGGGCGGCGUGCGGUACAUUGUUCCGCUCAUGGCAGCCGCCAUGGCCUCCAAGUGGGUGGGCGAUGCUUUGGGCAGACAGGGCAUCUACGAUGCGCACAUUGCGCUCAACGGUUAUCCGUUCCUGGACAGCAAGGAGGAGUUUGCGCAUACCACGCUGGCCGCAGAUGUAAUGCAGCCCAAACGCAAUGAAACUCUUAAUGUCAUCACACAAGACUCCAUGACGGUGGACGAUGUGGAGAACCUGCUGAAGGAGACCGAACACAAUGGCUAUCCAGUGGUGGUGUCCACAGAGAAUCAAUAUUUGGUUGGCUUUGUUUUGCGCAGGGAUCUCAACUUGGCCAUCGGAAAUGCCAAGCGUCUGAUCGAGGGCAUCAGCAGCAGUUCCAUAGUAUUAUUCACCUCGACCACGCCAACCCAAAAUCUGGGACCCCAACCUCUCAAGCUAAAAAAGAUACUCGAUAUGGCGCCCAUCACGGUGACCGAUCAAACGCCAAUGGAAACGGUAGUGGAUAUGUUCCGAAAGCUCGGACUGCGGCAGACCUUAGUCACACACAAUGGUCGCCUGCUCGGGGUGAUUACCAAGAAGGAUGUGCUGCGUCAUGUGAAACAAAUGGAUAACGAAGACCCUAAUACAGUGCUCUUCAAUUGAAUUUAUGAGUCAAUCGGGAGCUGGGUGACCGCCGUCACCGCCGCUUCUAGUUAUUACUAUCGCAAACCCACAAUAUUUGAUAUGUGCAAAGUGCAGAUUGCAAACCUAAGCUUAAGUGAACAGUUGAACGUGUGGAUAUGGAGUGGAUAGUGGAGUAUGGAGCAGAAGUUGACUGGAUUAGUAAAUCGCAUGGAUCUGAGUAGUAGAGUUAUGGUAGAGUCAUCAGACGUUCGAAAGUGAGAGAUUUAGCAAAAUUGUGUGCAGUUCUAUUAUAUAUUUAUAUGUAUAACCCCGUAUAUCUCGUUAAUUGUAUGUUAUAAUUUAUUCUACGCUAGGGCAAGUGUUUCAAUACAAGCAAAAGUAUUCAUCUAA